AUGGCUGCCGCAAUGUUGACGAGGGUCCGGUGUGCUGUCCGCAAUGUGUUGCCAGCAUCUGCCCGGAUUUGGCAGAGCAGUUUGUCUGGGUGUCAGCAGUCCACUAUGCCUGAACCGCUGACAGUCUUGAAUGAUGAGGAGCAACUGAUGAGGGAUACUGUCAGAAGAUUUGCUAAAGAAGUUAUUGAACCUCGUGUUAAAAUAAUGGAUGAAGCUUCACACAUGGAUGAACAACUUAUUGAUGCACUCUUUCAACAAGGGUUCAUGGGAGUUGAAAUCGAUCACAAGUAUGGUGGUUCAGGAUUAAGUUUCUUUAUUGCCAAUCUUGUCAUAGAAGAGAUUGCCAAAGUCGACCCAUCUGUGGCUGCCUGUGUUGAUGUCCAUAAUACGGUGGUGAAUACAGCCAUAAAUAAUAACGCUACUGAGGAACAAAAAGCCAGAUUUCUUCCAAAACUUGCAACUGAAUUUUGUGGUAGUUUUUGUUUAUCUGAAGAAGGAUCCGGAAGUGAUGCCUUUGCUAUGAAGACUCAAGCUGUGAAACAUGGUGAUAAAUAUGUAUUAAAUGGAACUAAAUUAUGGAUUUCUAAUGCUGAGCAUGCAGGUUUAUAUGUAGUCUUUGCUAAUGCCGACCCAUCAAAGGUUCCUGAGUGUAAUAUCUUGGGUGAAGUUGGUAAAGGUUAUAAGUAUGCCAUAGAGACUUUGAAUGAAGGUAGAAUUGGCAUUGCAUCACAGAUGAAUGGUUUAACACAAGGUGCUUUGAAUCAUGUUAUUCCAUACACUAUAAGUAGAAAACAAUUUGGACACAGUAUUUUUGAUUUUCAGUCUAUGAAUCAUCAGAUCUCCAAAGCUGUGAUACAACUUGAAGCAGCUAAACUAAUGACUUAUAAUGCAGCAAGGUUAAAGGAUGCUGGACUUCCAUUCACCAAGGAGGCAGCCAUGGCAAAGUACAUGUCCUCUGAGACGGCAUCAUGGGUGACAUCUAAGUGUAUUGAUUGGAUGGGAGGUUUGGGGAUAACUAAAGGUUUCCAAGUUGAAAAAUAUUUCAGAGAUUGUAAAGUAGGGACUAUCUAUGAAGGGACUUCUAAUAUACAGUUAAACACUAUUGCCAAGUUUUUAAGACAAGAAUAUGCCGAAUAAAAGUUGAAAGAAAUGAUGAAAACAGGUGAUGGAAUAAUGUUGAAUAUAUCUUAGUGGACUACUGUUGGAAUUGUUUGAAUCCCUACAACUUGUGAUGAAUCCUGCCUUUACAGAUUUUCUUGAUCUUCCUGAUAUACUGCCUUUCUGUACAAUGUUGGUAUUCACUCAAUCGAUGACUGAAUACAAGUCUUACUAAGUAUGGAAUAUGCUUGCAGUUCAAUUACUCGUACUGUCAUGUGGCUAAAUGAAUGUGGUCUAUAACUCAAAAAUAACUUCCCUGAUGGGAUGAUAGUGGUGAUGGGAGUCAGAAUUAUACAUAAGAAUAGUUUCCAUGGGAGGUAGCAUUGUUGUUUUCACUCUCAAAAUUCUGAAGAUUUGUUUUUAUGAAGCUAAACCUUCCUGUGACCACCUGUCAGAUUUGCAUGCAUCUUUCCAAAAAAGUUUGUGUUGACAAAAUUAGCAAGUCAUUGUCAAUGAC